AUGAACUUCAGGGCCCUCCAGUUUAUUCUAUUUUUCACCGCUAUUUUCAUUGUUGCUUUGUCAAGUCCAAUUGAGAAACCUGAUGACGAUUUGAGGAAGCGUCAAUUAUCAUGUGUAACAUUUGAAGCAAUAUCUGAGGGUGAUUUAUAUUAUCUUACUUGUACUCUUAGUUCAG